AAUACGUUGAAAGGUCUUCUUGUUGCUGAAGGGAAUUUGGAGAUGAAAUUUCUCUUAACGAAUUUCGUUUUCUGUUGGCGGCACUCCCGGUUGCCAUGGUUUUGUUUAUGUGUCAAAAUUUGCAGGCGGUUCGUUUCAGUUGGGUUUAACCUUACUUAAUAUUAUACGUCCUGGUAUCUUGUUUUAUGUAGUAAGAAGAAGAACAAUAAUGAGAUGUCGUUAUAGCGUAAUACUCACUAAUGAACUGAAGAUGGCAGCUUAAUCCUGUAGUAGUCCAGUGUAUAUACAAGUGGUCAAGGCAAUGAAAGACUUUGUAUCGGAGGCUUUCUUUACAGUGAACAUUUGAUUGCUCUCCAGCCGACAGUGUCAGCUAUGGAAAAAGAAAGAGAAAUAAUACAGACUUAUGUUUUGAGUCCCAAAACAGCUUCAAAUAUACUGACAUAAAGCUGUAUAAUAUACUACUGCUGGCAGUGAGAGAACUCUCAUACAGUUCCUUUGAGAGGUAUAUAUACAUGUAAUAUACUGAAGAAAAACGAAUGGGCUCCGCCCCUGUAAACAUGAACCGGUAUAUCACAUUAAACCAACUUGGAGAUGGAACAUAUGGCUCCGUGGUUCUGGGUCAGAGAAUUGAUACUGGGGAGAAGGUUGCUAUUAAGAGGAUGAAGAGGAAAUAUUAUUCCUGGGAUGAGGCUAUGAACCUACGAGAAGUUAAGUCACUGAAGAAACUUUCUCAUGCCAAUGUUGUUAAACUAAAAGAGGUUAUAAGAGAAAAUGAUACAUUAUAUUUUGUUUUUGAAUAUAUGAAAGAAAACUUAUACCAACUAAUGAAAGACAGAGAGAAACUGUUUCCUGAACCAGUCAUUCGGAAUAUGGUGUACCAGGUCCUCCAAGGACUUGCUUUUAUGCAUAGGCAUGGAUUUUUUCACCGUGACAUGAAACCAGAAAAUUUGCUUUGCAUGGGACCUGAACUGAUUAAAAUAGCUGAUUUUGGUUUAGCCAGAGAAAUAAGGUCUCGUCCACCUUACACAGACUAUGUAUCAACUAGAUGGUACCGUGCACCAGAGGUCUUGCUGCAUUCCACAAACUAUAGCAGUCCAAUUGACAUUUGGGCUGUUGGCUGCAUUAUGGCUGAACUAUAUACGUUUCGCCCAUUAUUUCCAGGAAACAGUGAAAUUGAUGAAAUAUUUAGAAUUUGUUCCAUCCUUGGCACUCCAGAUAAGAAGGAGUGGCCAGAAGGAUACCAACUAGCCAAUGCAAUGAACUUCAAGUUUCCACAGUUUUCACCAGUCCCUCUUGGUAGCAUCAUCCCUAAUGCUAGCAAAGAUGGUCUUGCACUUAUGGGUGACAUGCUGAGCUGGAACCCUAACUCAAGACCUACUGCUCAGCAGUCUCUCAGGUAUGCAUAUUUUCAAGUUGGGCAGAAACUUGGCAUUCAACCUGACUCAAGCAUUCGCUUGUCUAAGGGCAACAGCAACACUCAAACUUUUGGUCCAAAACUACAACAAUCUGCUGUGCUCUACCGCAUAGGAUUGGAUGAUAGUUUAUCUUUACGUCGUAGUAAUCCACCUGCUGCAGCUCCACAGCAAAACCAUUCACAGGUCUCCUUUAGUUUCGCCCAACCAGAGCAAUCUUUGAGGCGCAACAAGGCUGCUAUUCAGAAAACCAAACCAUAUACUAAGGUGGACAAUAAUGAAGAUAAACAUUCCACUUUUAAUGGAAACAAACAUGUCCCAUCUGUGGACAGAUCAUUCAUUAUGAAAGAGAACCACCCCAGUUAUGGUGCAUUACCUUCAGGUGAAAAGCAGCAAAUGCAGCCAUGCAAAAAACUAAGUGCUAAAGAACACUAUCUCUCAGUGGCACGCUACGUAGCAGGACAGAGCACUAAUGUUUCGAGGGGGAAAGAAGAGAAAAUUUUUUCACGCGAUCCAUUCCAGCAACCCAUAUUAGCAACAGAACCAGAAUACAAGCCAUCACAAUGGAAAAGAAAUGAGAAUUAUCAGUGCAGUGCAACAAAAAAAUCUGCAACUCUUACAAUGAAGCAACCAUACUUCACUCAGACACAGUACAUACUAGCACCAACUUCAAAGGUGCCCCUUCGAAACUCAAAUAUCACCAAUGCUGCUAACAGUGAUGAUUCUCAGGAGGGUGAGAUGGGUGAGAUGAGAAGCUCUAGAGUAUCAUUACAUUCUGGAAAACUGUUUGGUGGUAUAGUUAGUCAACAAACUAGAGGUAUUCCUGGUCGGACUGAUUGGGCCGCUAAAUAUCUGAAAUAAUGAAUGGAUAGUGCUACAAUGAUUCUUCAGCACUUGUGUGAAAUAUGGACUUCCAUUUUUGUAUAAUGGGACCAUAAGAUAGCAUGUGCAUGAAAAGUGUACAGGUGCUGUGUGGUAAUUUGAUGGAACAACAGUUGAUAGUGCACUUUUUAGUGCCUGUAAAAUGUUGUGUUGUAUGAUCAUACUACAAUUUGGGAAACUGUAAAUAGUAUUUGAUUAGAUGUGUAUAUACAUGCCAAAUACAGUGUACAGAU